ACCGUCGGUACCCAAGAUUUCAUAACAUGAGCCUGCUGCGCCUGAACAGAUUGUAGCAUGAAGGCCAAUUUUUGGCUGGAUUUUUAAAGACGAUUGUGCUCUAGCUUUUGGUGCUAACUAUGGCAGAAGGUCAGGCAGCCGCCAACAACCAAGGGUUAGAGGUGGAUGUUGAUCCCCCAUCGGAUAGGUCAUUGAUGCUCUUUGGCCGGGACGUUAGCUCGAUACCGUGUUUUCGCAGCAGUUUCCUGUACGGGAUCAGCUUCGGCCUCGGCGUGGGAUUCUUAGCGUUCCUCAAAACAUCCCGCCCUCAACUAUCGACACACAUCGGCUUUGGCACGUUUAUGGCCACCACGUUCGGAUAUUGGUUCCCGUGCCGUUACGCCUGGUCGAAGCAAAAGUUCGACAUGGCGCUCAUGCAGAAAGCCCUGCAACAGCAAGCGAUAUACGAAGGCACGGAUAAGGAGCGAGAGCUGGAGGCGAAGACGGAAUCCGCGUGAUAAACCAAGUAGCAAAUAAAGGCGCACCACGACGCCGACUGUAGCAUUUAAUGUGA